AUGGCGUCUGUCCACACAGAUAGACUCGAAAGACGGAUGAAGAGAAGCAACCAGAAUGUUCCACUGAAUAUAGCUAGUUUGUCAUCGCGUCUGCGCUCCUCCGUGAAUACAAGUGACAGGAUUCUCGAACACACCUCAUCCAGGGCAGCGGGAUAUGGCCAAACGGAGGUGGAUGCAAGGGAAGCCGGUGAACAACUAGAGUUGCAAUUAGUUGACUCUAAUAAACUGACAUUGGACCAAUUGUCUGAAAUUCGCAAAAGUUUCAAGUUUUUUGAUAAAGACGGUGACGGAGCAAUAUCGCUUGAAGAGUUGGAAGUUGCCUUCGCAGCACUCGGCUACACUCACGACAGAAAACUUACUGAGAGUCUCUUCCAGGAAGCCGACGCAAACGGUGACGGUUCAAUUGACUACAGGGAGUUUGUGUCUCUCAUGGCCAUGUCAUUUCAACAACAGCAUCAGCCCCUCGGGUCCCUGUCGUCUCGCACUGACAUGUACAGGGAGGCGUUUUCUAAGUUCGACGUAAAUGGAGAUGGAGUCAUUGAUUGGAAAGACCUGAAAGAGUUAAUGAUGAAGAUUGGAACACAGCUGGAAGAUUAUGAAAUAAUGGAAAUGAUUCUUGAAGCUGAUAAAAAUGGCGACGGUGUUGUCGACUAUAGCGGUAAGCAGUAA